AACAGAAACUCCAUAGAGAAAGUACUCGGCUAUCGUGUGAAAGAUGAAGGCAAAAAUGGGAAACAGAGCAGCCCUUUUGGUACUACUCCUUGUACUGUGCUAUGGAAUGGCGAAGGCAAUGGCUAUAAGUUUUGCUGAAGAAGAAGACUUUGGUCGGGAGAAGGAAGAGAGGGAAGAGUGGGAAGAGAUGGAAAGCAGAAAAGAGAGGGAACAGAGGUGGAGAGAAAGAGAAGAGAGCGAGGAGGAGACAGAUGACUGGUUCUUGUUGCAAGAUUCAAAGUCUGUGAUAAGGACCGAGGCAGGGGAGAUGAGUGUGAUAAAGAGCCUUGGGGGAAAGAUUUGGGAUAGGCCUUUGCAUAUUGGAUUCAUCACCAUGGAGCCACAAACCCUAUUUAUCCCUCAGUAUCUCGACUCCAGUAUGAUCAUCUUCGUCCGGAGAGGGGAAGCAAAAAUUGGAUUGAUAUACAAGGAUGAACUGGGGGAGAGGCGAUUGAAGGUCGGUGAUUUGUACCGGAUUCCGGCCGGCUCAGCAUUCUAUUUGGUGAACACAGCAGAGGGCCAGAGGCUUCACAUUGUUUGCAGCAUUGACCCUUCUGAGAGCUUGGGCAUCGGUACUUUCCAGUCUUUCUUCAUUGGUGGAGGAAAAUAUCCAACAUCUGUACUAGCUGGAUUUGAACGCGAAACGCUUUCAAAUGCAUUUAACGUUUCAUUCUCAGAAGUACGAGAUAUCUUGAGCAGACAGAGAGAGGGACCCAUCGUGUACUUGCCGGAGUCUCAUUCGCCAAGCACUUGGACCAAGUUCUUGCACAUGAAAGAGGGAGACAGACUGCAGCACCUCAAGAAACUGGUGGAUUUCCAUGAACCUCGUGAUGAUGAAGAGGAAGAAGAGCAGCAGCAGCAGCAAACUUGGUCAUGGAGAAAGCUCUUGAAUUCUGUGUUGGGAAAGGAACCCAACAAGAGGGGCGAUAAGAGAACCCGAAGAACCCCGGACUCUUACAACCUCUACAAAAGACGCCCCGACUUCAAAAACAACUACGGAUGGAGCGUUGCCCUUGAUGAAUCUGAUUAUACCCCUCUCAAACACUCCGGCAUUGGCGUUUUUCUCGUCAAUCUCACUGCGGGAUCGAUGAUGGCGCCGCAUGUGAAUCCGACGGCAACGGAGUAUGGGAUUGUUUUGAGCGGAUCUGGGACGAUACAAAUUGUGUAUCCAAACGGAACCUCGGCAAUGAAUGCUAAUAUAAGCGAAGGAGACGUGUUUUGGGUGCCGAAGUAUUUCCCGUUCUGCCAGAUUGCAUCCAGAAAUGGUCCGCUCGAGUUCUUUGGAUUCACGACAUCGGCGCGCAGGAACCGGCCGCAGUUCUUGGUGGGUGCAAGCUCAAUUCUUCGGACCAUGCUAGGCCCUGAGCUUGCGGCUGCGUUCGGUGUCAGCGAGGAAAAGUUGCAGCGCUUUGUUUAUGCUCAGGAAGAGGCUGUUAUCUUGCCUUCGCCUAAGGCGGCACCACCGGACGAGAAGAUGAAGCCCAAGGAAACAGGAGAGGAGGAAAAAGAGAAGGAGAAGGAGAUAAUGUUCGAGGAAGCGCCGAAGGUCAUUACUGAAAUGAUUAUGGGUUUUGCUUAGAAAGAAAGCUAAUUUAAGCUGUUAUUUUAACUAUUUUGUCAUAUAUAGUUUGUUCAUCAUCCACUUCAAUAGUUGUGAAUAAGAUCAGACUUGAUGUGUUUUUCUUUUCUAA